CUUUACUUCAUCAAGACGACGACGGCGAUAUGGAAGCGUUGUAUCAGGUGAUGCUGGGCUGCGUGCAGGCAGCGACCACCCAAUCCACGGCAGCGGUAACAACAACCGUUCAGCAACACAGCCAACAAGGAGAGAGCCAAGGUGCUGUUGACAAUGCCUCAGGACUAGGGCUCUCGUACACGCAGUGGCUCAAGGACGCAAGGACGGCGUGGCAGCGACAAACAGUGAGCAGUGGAUCACCAGCCGAUGACACCAAUCGCCUCCUUGACUGGUUGGACGAGGUCGUGCACUUGGCUUACGCCCGCCUGCGCAGUACAACGCCGCCCCAAGAAGGCUGGGCGCACGCCAGCGCAAUCUUGCAAGGCCAGCAAGCACCCACAGCACCAGCAGUGCGGCCGCUUGGCGGUCGACAACAGAAAGCAACCGUUCGCACUCGCACCGCUGUGCUCGCCAUGAUCACGCUGUUUGAGGAGGACGCUGCACUGGCCACUGUCAUCGCCUUCGUGCAACAUGCCCUGUCAACAACUCGCCAGCUGCCAACUGGCCAGUGGCCAGCCAUAUGGAAGAGACUGCCCUCCAUCACCCAGCGCGUUCUGUGCGUCUGCGCCAGCGAGGCCGUGCUGGACCUCAUCUGCGCCAACCCAGCCGACUGGGGUAACCACGCGCCCACAAUCUUCAAGAGCGUUGCAUCUUACCAAAGCCUCUCCAGCCCACCACUUGUUCGGGCGCUGGCCCGCUUGGUAACACUCCCCCACGACAGUCCAACCCACCAUAGACCACUCCCGGCCACUUCUGUCUCAUCCUCAGCCAGCAGCCGCCACUACACCAGCAACCGGAGUGCCACCGCCAUAGCUGGCCACCUUAUGAUGCACGGUGGCCAUGUGCUUGUGCUCACAGGUCUGCAGUCUGCGUUUCCAAACGAUGUUAAGCGCGCUGCCGCCGUCUUGGGUGACAUCCUCUCACAGGUUCACCUUCCUGCAGCAGGGCUCGUCCUCGGCGACGGCAGCUGGAACUUUGCAGCCGGCAACGCUUGUGACUGGGGCAUGCUGCUGCACACCCUCUUCAAGCUGCUUCAGCUCCCGCCGCCGGGGCAAGCAGAGGAUGUUAGCCGCAUCCCAACGUCCACCGCCACGCCAAGCCCUUCUUUGUCGUCUUCCUUGUUGAUGCCAAUGGUUGCGCCAGCACUGGAGGCACUGGCCAGCACCAUCAUCUCAAGCUCCACGGGCCACGCCAGCAACGACGAUGACGACAAUGCCGAUCACCAGUACCACCACCAUCACCACCACGUGCACUACCAUACUAUCCUGCACCGAGACGGCCGCUGGGUGUCCACCGCGCCGGCAACAUGGCCGUGGUAUCGCCUGCUGCUUGGGGACUGGCUUGCUGUCGAGGCGCAACGGGUGCUGGGCCCAACAGACCCUUCGAUCAUGGAGCCCGAGAGCGCCGCCGCUCCAGCCGCAUCGACAGCACCGCCAGCACGAACUGCAGCCGAUGCAGCGCAGGCCUCAUCGACCGCGUGCCAUCACCUGCAAGACCUGAUUGUGUGCAUGGCAGUUGCGUGCCAUCAUGUCGACGUGGACGCAUGCAAGGCAGCCAUGCAGUCUGCGUUGAGUCCGCAAUCCAAACACACUUUUGCGUUUUCCGUGAAAGCGCUGGUCGGGCUCUUGGCUCGCAUCUUUCAGCACAGCCCUGCUCGCGGUUCGGAGCUCGCCGUCGGCGUUCUCGGUAACAUGUUGGAGUCACCCCGCGACAUCCCAGCCGCCCUCACACUUGCCAACACGCUGUGGAACAUGAGCGCAUUUUUCCACAUCCCACGCCACCACUCCUCUGGCACGGAAUGUCGACGGCCGCUUCAUGCCCUAUUGGCAGAGGUUGUGUCGCAUCAUGCGGCUCUUCCCAGUGCGCCCGCUUCGAUCCAGCCCCAGGCACAACAGCACCACGGGCACGGGCAUGGGCAUGGGCAGUGCCAACGUGCCCUUGCCAUCAGCUGGGCCAUGCUGUGGGGCAUGGAGGUGGAGCGCAACACUGAACCCACACCUUGUGCCGUACAUCCGGCACCGCAGAUUCUCUCCAGCUUGGAAACCGCCAUCAUCGCCAACCAGCAUGUCGUCACGUCAGAGGAUCUUGCAUCCAUGCACGGUGUGUACGCGGCCAUGUUGAAGUACCAUAGCACUGCAGCGGCUGCGUCCUUCCUCCGCAUUGUCGUGGGCACGUGUUCAACACCAAGUCACCGUCACAGGCACGCCUCUUACUCCGCUCAGAGUCAAGCAAGCAACUUGUUCGAAGCCGUGACCAACACAAGCAAAGGGCGAUCCUUUCGGCACAUGAAGCACGGGCGCCACAGACGUGAUGUUCGGGAAGCUACAGGGAAUUUCAUCGACAGGAAAAGAUGGGAAGGCUGGGCAACAAGUGUUGCAAGCGGGAUGGCGGACACACGUGCUCGGACGGCACUGCUUCUGGCACUUCGUGACCUCAUGCAAGUUCCAGCCCCGGUGGAGCCAGCAGAAGUACCGCUUGACUGCCUCACACCACCCACGCUUGACCCCUUUGAUCGAGAAGUGGACUCCUUGAUGAAGGAGUGUCCCGUUCUUCUUCAUCUGUUGGUGGCAGCCGUGAAGGUACCUGAUGAGUAUGCCAUUGCUGCGCCGUUGGUAGCAAGUCUGCUGCGAGCUCAGCACGCUGAAUGUGUCCGCUUGCAGAAGAUCCACAAGUCCCUCGAUCCUCGCGUGUUUCAAGUAUUGGACGUUAUUUUCUCGAUGCUCAGGUUGAGUGGACGCUUGGGCGAAGACAUGGAAAAGAUGUCCGUGGUCUGGCGCAGAUUUCCGGUGAAACACUUGGCAAACAUCUUGGCGGUCUUGUACGCAAGGCUAUUUUCAGCAAAGCAACCACGAGCGACAGAUGAGACAGCUGUCCUGUUGAAACCAUUUGUGACCCAACUUGAUCGUCUUGGUGUAUUUGUUCCCGAAUUGUUCAGUCAAGACGACCGCGCCAUGCAGCUUGAUUGAGAAUUAAACACACGCGUGUCA